AUGAAGACUCAACGGGCGGCGACAAAAGCCGUCACGGUCAAGAAGCGCAUCAACAACAAACACAAGAACGCCGCGUACAAGGUGGACAAGUUUGAGGUUCCCGAAAACCCAACUCUUGAGGACAUCAAGCACGCCGUCGGUCUUCAGGAACUAGAAGAACGCGUCAGAGAUGCCAAAGAAUCUGCAUGGGAAACCGACUCUCUGCUGGAGGAUGCCAUCGCUGAGAUGGGCGAUGCAAAACUUUCCUCGGAUGAUCCGGACAGCUGCACGCCUGACGAGGCCAUGGGCCUGCGCCACCAAUUAAGAGCGCUUGGUCCCGCAGAAUUCUGUAGAAGAACCGUGGACGCCGGACGCUACACGGCCAAGAAGCUACUAUCGGCCUUUGGCCUCAAGCCUCCCGCCUUCCUCGAGGGUGCCGAAGAUGAGGCCUACUUCAGUCUCUUGUCGCUGGCCAUCAGCCGAGAGCUGUCUAAACGCGCAAAGUUGUUUCGCUUCAACACGGUGGACGACGCCGUGGACCUGCUACAGCGGAGCAAGAACAUCAUCGUCCUAACUGGUGCGGGCAUCUCUACCUCGCUCGGCAUUCCCGAUUUCCGCUCAAAGGGUGGUCUCUAUUCUCAACUUGAGCAUCUGGGACUCAACGACCCGCAGGAGGUGUUUGACAUUUCCGUCUUUAAGCAUGACCCGACCAUCUUCUACACCGUUGCCAAGGACAUUCUGCCGUCGACCAACCGUUUUACACCGACUCAUGCCUUCAUCUCCAUGCUUGAGAAGAAGGGCAAGCUGCUUACCAACUACACUCAGAACAUUGACAACCUUGAGGCCAAGGCCGGCAUCUCUCAGGACAAGCUCAUCCAGUGUCACGGUUCCUUCGCAACCGCGACUUGUGUUCAGUGCCGCUUCAAGUGCGACGGCGAAGAGAUCUUUGACGACGUUAAAGCUGGCAAGAUCCCGCGUUGCCCCCGCUGCAUCCAAAACCUUCGUCCCAAUGGCAGCAGUAAGCGCAAGCGCUCGGCGGGCACCGAAAGAAAGCGCCGCAGGUUCAGCUCCGACGAUUCGACGUCAGACGGCGAGUACGACAUCCCUAGCGUAGGCGUUAUGAAGCCCGACAUCACCUUCUUCGGCGAAGCGCUGCCUGAUGAGUUCAGCAGGCGUCUGACGGAGCACGACCGCGACAAGGUGGACCUCGUCAUCGUUAUCGGUACGAGUCUGAAGGUGACGCCGGUGUCUGAGAUAGUAUCCUGGCUACCGGCCAACAUCCCCCAGAUCUACAUCUCGCGCCAGGCCGUCAAUCACAUCAACUUUGAUAUUGACCUGCUUGGCGACUGCGACGUCGUCGUCUCGGAGCUGUGCCGCCGCGCCGGUUGGCCGCUCGAGCACGAGAUGGUGCCUCAGGACCAGGUCGUCAAGGUGAACCCGGACGGCGGGUGCGUGAGCAGACACGUCUUUGAGGUCGUCAACCCUAAGCAGCCGCCGCCGCCUAUGCAGCAAAUCUCCAAGCUCGAGACUGAGUCCGAGAUGGCGAAACCGACCAAGGGACCCAGAAAGCCUCGAAGGUCGAGAGACGCUGUCUGA